GUUUUCUACCGAAAAUAUCAGAACCUUCUUUAGAAAAAAGAACAGUCGCUGUUAUCACAUUAAGUGAUCGUGCGUAUCAAAAAGAAUACGAAGAUAAAUCAGGAUUGAUUUUACAAAAUAGCCUAAAAGGCCUUGGGUAUACUAUUAAAGAGUACAGAGUUUUGCCUGAUGAAGCGUCCCUGCUGGAAGAUAAGCUAACAGAACUUUCAGGGAGUGUAGACCUUAUUAUUACAACGGGUGGCACAGGUAUUUCUCCCCGUGAUAUCACACCUGAAACACUUUCUAGACUUGCUCAUAUUGAAAUUCCCGGAAUUGGUGAGUUGCUCCGUAAUACUGGUUCAAAUUACAUUUCAACUGCUUGGCUAAGCCGUUCUAUAGCCGUUGUUAUGAAUAAAACACUUGUAAUCGCCCUUCCCGGUAAUCCCAAUGCUGUAAAAGAAAGCCUAGAAGCCAUCAAAAAAAUUCUUCCCCACGCUUUAGACCACAUUCUCCUAGAACAAGAACCCUCCGCACCAAUCGACAUGCCGGUUCAUAAAUCUUGUGGUCAUAUUGCAGCAGAAACCAUCACAAGUAAUGUCUUUGUUCCUUCUUUUGCAAACUCUGCAAUGGACGGUUUUGCGGUACGAAGCCAAGAACUUGAGCAAGCCUCUGAAAGCAGUCCUAUAGAAUUAAAAGUCUUAGGCAGCACCUCAGCAGGAGAUCUUCCUGCACAAGGAGAAUCUGAUGCCUGGGAGAUCAUGACAGGAGCCCCUAUCCCCAAAGGGUACGAUGCUGUUGUAAAAAUCGAAGACGUAAAAAUUACACAAAGAAAUACGGAAGGACGACCAGAAAGAGUUUCCUUCUCUGUUCCUGUCACAACCAAGGAUAACAUUCGCGAUGCUGGAGAAGAUUUUGUUCCAAACUCUCCAAUUAUAGAGUGCGGAAUAAUGAUUACACCAUUUCAUACCAUGGCUCUUUCUGCCGUAGGGCAGAAAUCGAUUUCUGUAUCGCCCAAACCCAACAUCACUGUUUUCACCACGGGCAAAGAAAUCGUUGAUGACCUUGUUACUCCUUUACAACCGGGACAAAUUCGUAAUUCGAAUGCUCCCUAUCUUAUAUCCGCAUUAAAAGCCUUUCCUGUAGAGUCUCAUUACGGAGGAACGCUUCCGGAUAAUCCGAAAAUUUUUGAAGAAAACAUUCAAAAAGCUCUUCCUCAUUCAGAUAUCAUUCUCUCCACAGGGGCGAUUUCUAUGGGAAGGCAUGAUUUUGUCCCCACAUCGCUACGGAAAUUAAAAGCUGAAAUCUUAUUUCAUAAAGUUGCUAUGCGCCCUGGAAAGCCUAUUCUUUAUGCUCGUUUUCCAAACGGCACCUUGUACCUGGGAUUACCAGGAAACCCAGUUUCUACAGCUGUCGGCUUUCGUUUUUUUGUGGUCCCUUUACUCCAUAAAUUACUAGGUCUUGCCUGUGAACGUCCCAUAAAAAUUGCGAUGUCUUCUAUUUCUCCCAAAAAACUAGGUUUUCGCUUUUUUCGAAAAGCCCAUGUAUCCCUCACAAAAGAAGGGAAACUACGCUUCAAAAUCUUAAAAGGGCAGGAAUCUUUUAAAAUCCAUUCUCUUCUUCAAGCAAACUGUUGGGCUUCUCUUUCUGAAGAAUCCGAUGGAUCCAAAAUCGGAGAAAUGACAGAUAUCUAA